CGUCGAUUUUCAAAACGUUCACAACGUUCACGAAACGCAAAGAUAAAAAGAAAUUUGCUUGCCUGUGCAAUUGGUGCGAAAGAGAUGUAUCGAUUUGUAUAAGUAUAUUUCGAGUGCUCGAGCGACGAUCGUUGUUAUAUCAAAAGAAAUCCCAAAUUAUAUAUGUAUUUGCAUGUCUAUGUGUGCGUAUGUGCGUCAAGUGAAAAAUCCAAUUGGAAGAAUAAUUCAAUCGAUUUUUUGUCUGUUUUGUAAUUUGGAAAAGUAAACACAAAUAUAUAUUUUGUAAUCUGUGCGGGACAAAAAAAAACUGAAGAUAAGUCGAAAAAUUGCAUUUCAUGUGGAAAAUAUAUGAAAAGUGCGCUGCCAUUCAAGAAAAUUGUGUUCUAUUUUUAAAACACAGCUAAUUUUUCAGCCGUAAAAUUGAAUAAAGUGAAUAAAUUCCAAAAAUCGACAAAACGUGAAUAGAAAAUUUCACAAAAUGAAAAACACAAUUUAAAUAGGUGCAAGCUAUUAAAAUUCAAAGUGAAUGGAAUUAAAGGUGAAAUUCAUAUGAAUCUAACAUUGAUUGGAUAUCUGUGUGUGUGAGUGUGUGUGCGUGUGUGAUUCAAAGGGAACCAAUAGAAGAGAUAUUUGCGGUUACGCAAUUAAUCGCACUGCGAUUGCGAUAAAUGCGGUAAAUUUAUCGCUUAAUUUGCAGCAGCAGUGCAGCAGUAGAUGCAGCAGCUGUGCCGUGGCCCCAUUCCUAAUUGCCCAGCUUCAAAUUCAUCUAAAUGCAGCAUCAUCAUUUUGUAAAAAGAAAAGCUGACAAUUUAUAUAGAUACAGAUGCAUCAUCUGUACCCAUCGCUGAAAGGCGAUCAGCUCUGCCCGCUCGGCUUUCAUCCCCAGACACGUUAUCCCACCAGAUGUAAGCGAUGUUUUCGUGAUUACAAAGAACAUGGUGCUCGUCGAGGGGGCGACGAGGUGGCCGCCUCCUCGCCGAAUCUCUCCGAUGCCCAAAGCUCAAGGCCAUCUUCUCGCACUUGGACAUCGACACAAAACCUGACGAGCGCCAACGGCAACAACAGUAAUGAUAUAGAGCUCAAGAAACGUCCGCAGUCCUGGGCUUCCACACCCGAUAUCGAUGAGACUGUCGAGAAUUCCGCUUCGUCAUCAUCGCUGGUGGCAAAGCGUCCAAGCUCUGUGGCAUUGGGUUCACGACCCGUGGACGAUCACAAUGUGGCUGUCACCUUAAAGCUGCCGGUGCCGCCGCGUCGUCACACCACAGCUUUGGACAUCAACGAGGUGGAGCAAACGCUAACGCAAGGCCGUGUCACUUCCUCCCCUAGUAAAACUUCAAGUAUUCCAGAUGAGCUAGUCAUCCUAUCGACCGACAGUCUUGCCGAGCGUGUGCGUAAAAUGAAUCUUCUGAAGAAGCAGCGCAGUCUUAACUCCAGGGAAAACAGCCGGGAACGCUCUGUGCCACGUCGCGAUGAGGAUACCGAACCACCGCCGCCGCCAGAUCGACCGGAGCGCAGCAAGUCCGGCACUUCACUCAACCAGCAGACGGAACUCAAACGUGCCUCGUUACCGCCUAAGAAGGUUGCGAGUACAACCGCAGCCUCUUCAGUCAGUACUACCAGCUCAACCGCUGCUGCCUCCGUCACGCCCAAGCCCGCUGUCUCAAACCCUUUGCCAACGCUCAGUGAAACCAAAGUCACAGCCUCUUCCUCCAGUUCCAGUUCGAGCAGCACACGACGAAAGGAGACCGAAGUCAAUAACAGCAACCACAACAGCAGCAGUAGCAGCAUCAACAGCAGCAAGGAGCUUAAAAGACAAACCCUACCGGCUGCAACAUCUCCGAGCAUAGGAGCCACUGCAGCUGCAACGCUCAAGGAUCAAAUGGCUACGCUACGCACCGAACUGGAGGCGAUGAAGACUCGUGCCGAGCGAGCGGAGCGCGAAAAGAGCGACAUACUACUUCGAAGAUUGGCCUCAAUGGACACAGCUUCCAAUCGCACUGCAGCUUCGGAAGCAUUGAUACUGCAACAGAAGUUGAACGACAUGAAGGAGCAGCUUGAUCGUGUGUCGGAGGAUAAACGCAAGCUAAACCAGCGCAUGAAGGAGCUCGAGCACAAGGAAAGUCAGUCGGAGUUGAAGCGGAAGCUGCAGGCGGCUGAGCAGAUUUGUGAGGAGCUCAUGGAGGAGAAUCAAUCGGCUAAAAAAGAGAUAAUCAAUUUGCAAGCGGAAAUGGAUGAGGUCCAAGAUACGUUCCGCGACGAGGAGGUCAAAGCCAAAACCAAUUUGCAAAAGGAUCUAGAGAAGGCGACCAAAAACUGUCGCAUCCUUAGCUUUAAGCUGAAGAAGAGUGAACGAAAGAUCGAGACACUUGAGCAGGAAAGACAAAGCACCUUUAAUGCCGAACUGACGGCAAAAGUGAAAAAGCUCGAGGAGGAGCUACGAUUCUCCAGCGAGCUUACACGCAAGUUACAGACGGAAGCUGAGGAGCUUCGUAAUCCCGGCAAGAAGAAGGCGCCUAUGUUGGGAGUCCUCGGCAAGUCAACGUCUGCGGAUGCCAAAAUAACGCGUGAGUCCCUAACUCGUGGUGGAUCACAGGAAGAUCCACAGCACUUACAGCGCGAGCUACAGGACUCCAUUGAGCGUGAGACUGACCUCAAGGACCAACUAAAAUUCGCCGAAGAAGAGCUUAAACGGCUCAGGUCUAAAGCUUCUCGACAGCGCUUUCAGCUCAAUCGCGGUACUCAAACAGGUGACAUGCUUGCCAUUCCAAUGGCGUUUCCACGUGCCACGCAGACGGUGGUCAUCGCCCAAGCUGAUGCCGCUUCGAAUACACCGAUCUUGCCUGCAACAAUAGAAUUAGGCACACAAACUCUUGUGGUUGAUUGCAGUGAAAUUGCGACGCAAACCCAUUUAGAACUCAACACUCGACGUGUUUCCGUUGAACGCGAAUCUUCACCGUUUAUGUCGCUUUUUACACCUACGACUUCAACCAGAGCUGCUCAACAUGCCAACUCCUUGCUCUUUCCCAGUGCUAUUUCUCACGUUUUGCUCGCUGGGGCUAGUGCAGCUCGCCGCUUAAGUCCUGCGCCCCAUGCACAUCGUUUGGCACCCGAGGUGCACGCCGAUCGCGAUGAAGGAAUCUCCGAUGAGGACGAUCCUGCCGAGCUGCGCAUUCUGCUCGAGCUCAACGAACAGGAGGCUUCGAUAUUGCGCCUAAAAGUCGAGGAUCUUGAGAAGGAGAAUGCGGAGUCAAAGAAAUAUGUGCGUGAAUUGCAGUCGAAGCUGCGACAGGACAAUGGCAGCAAAGGAUCGCUACUCAGCCUUGGUGGUUCCUCCUCAAGUGCGGCGGAGAAGAAGCUCAAGAGCUUGAAUGAGGAGUUGGUUGUGCUCCGCAAAAACCUGCAGGAAAAGGAGCAAAGUGCGGAAACGAUGCGUGCUCAGUUAAGCAAACUAACAUCGCUGGAGACCGAGAACGAAAAGCUGACCAAGGAGAACAAGCGUCUACAGAUGCAGACACUCCGUAAGUCCAGUUCGGUGGAGAAGAAUGUCGAAGCGGAGCUGCCCAAGCUCAAGGAUGCUCUGGCACUGGCGCAAAGAGAACGCGACGAACUGACGGCGCGAGUCAAGCGCAUGCAGCUAGAGGCAGAUGGCAAAUUGCCAACCCGAACGCCAAAACGAGUUAACGAUCUGACCCCAAAGAGUCAUCUGAAGAAAUGGGUAGAAGAGCUAGAGGAUGAGAUCAGUGAGAUGCGUGUGCUGGUCGGUAGUUGUGGUGCCAAUCAACUAAAAACCCUACAGACGAACAAGGAAUCACUGGAGGAGGAACUGCAAAAGUGUAAGCAGAAACUAGCGUUGGCCGAGGGAGACGUGCAGCGUUUGAAGCAGCUUAAUGGCAGCAGCAGCAAGACCAAGGAACUGGAACAGAAGCUUAAGGGUAGCGACGAUGAGGUUAAGAAACUUAUGGCCAGGCUCAAGGAUCAUGAGGAAAAACUAAAGAAGCAGGAAGCACAACUGAAGCAGAGUGAGACAAGCAAAUCCUCCCUAGAAUCGCAGCACAAGCGUGAGAAGGAGAAGGUAUCCAGCCUGGAGAAGGACUCUGAGAAGCAGGCCAAGGAAAGAGAGAAGCUUGAAUCGAAGAUCACACAGCUAGACAGCGAACUGCUAAGUGCCAAGAAGGCUGCAGAGAAAACAAAGACAUCCCUGGAGAAGGACAUCAAGGAACUGAAGGCCAAGUCCAGCAAAUCGGACAGCAAACAGGUACAGGAGCUCAAAAAGCAGCUAGAAGAGACGCAGACAACGUUGAGUGGCGAGCAGAAACGCUACGAGGAUCUAAAUAAUCACUGGGAGAAACUGUCAGAGGAAACAAUUCUAAUGCGGGCCCAGCUAACCACAGAGAAGCAGAGCCUGCAGUCAGAACUAAACUCGGCAAUGUACAAAUUGUCCGAGAUGGACACCAUACGCAUUGAACGCACCGACAUGGCUCGCAAGCUGAACGAGUCGCAGAAAAAGAUCCAUGAACUUGAGCUCAAAGCCUUGAAGGCGGGCAACAACAAUAGCAGCGAACAUGAACGUUCCAUGCUCAAGAACAAGCUCGCCGAAAAGGAGCACGAGUAUGAGCGUUUGCGUAGGGAGAACGAGAUGAAUAUUGAUCUAGUAUUUCAGCUGCGCAAGGAUAACGAUGAUCUGAACAGCAAACUGAGCGACUUUAAUCGCAUCGAGCAGGCGCAAUCCUCGCUCAAUGGACACGGCGCUAGGCGAGAGGCCGAGAUCAAGGAACUGAAGACGCAAUUACAAGCAUCCGAGCUGCAGCUCAAGUCUGAGGUGGCAUCGACCCGACUACGCUAUGAGCAGCAAGUGAAGAACCUGAGUGGAGAGCUGACUUCCAUGCAGCGUCAAUGUGAACGCUUCAAGAAAGAUCGGGAUGCCUUCAAACAAAUGCUUGAGGUGGCGCAGAAGAAGAUCGGUGAUCUAAAGGCUAAUAAUACAGGACGCCAGAGUCGCAGCUCAAUGCACAGCAGCGAUGACGAUGAUAAAAGCAAGAUUGCCUAUCUGGAGCAACAGAUUGGUCACCUGGAGGAUCAGUUGGUCGAGUCGCGACUGGAGUCCAGCAAGGUGAAGACGGAGCUUGUGUCCGAGCGCAGCGCUAACGAAAUUAAAAUCUCCGAGAUGCAAUCUAAGCUCAACGAGUUCGAGGAGGAGCGUGUCAUUGGAUCUGGCAGCACCAAGCUGCCCGGCAUGAAGACGAAACUAGAGCUGUCCUGGCAAAAGGAACGCGAGGAUCAGCAACGUCUGUUGCAGGAGACUUCAACGCUGGCACGCGAUCUGCGUCAAACGCUCUUCGAAGUGGAGCGCGAACGCGACAAGGAACGACUUGAGUCCAAGCGUAAACUGGAUCAGACCAAACGCUCCACGGAGGAGGAAAUGGAGGAGGGACGCAAGAAGAUUGCGGAGCUGCAGUGCGAUCUGCUGGAACUGCGAGAUGUGCAUGCCAAGCUGCGCACCUCCAAUGAGAAGCUGCGACGCGAGCGCGAACGCUAUGAAAAGGAGCUGAUCAAACGUCGUAUGGAGCAGGAUGGCGGCGAGCGUAAAGUAGGCGCACUUCUGCAGACCGUCGACGAGCUGGUAAAGAUUGCACCUGAUCUGAAAAUCGUAGGCGGCGCCUCCGGAGCACGCAAUGCAUCGUCGUCGUACGGCGAUCAACAUACGCUGCGUCCCGAGCAGGCAAAUGUGCGACGUAGUCGCAGUCCCUCGCCCACGUUGAGCAGCUCCCAGAUCACCAGUGUGCUGGCUCGCUUGGCCGAAGCCUCAGAGGAGUUGCGUAAGUUCCAGCGCCUCACCGAGGACGAGCAGGAACGUAGCCGCAUGCGACGCGGUAAUUUGCGUCGCGCCGCAUCGCAAGAGAACGAUCACCAUGGAAGCACCAGCUCUGUGGCAAGUGCGGCGGGAUCUCAGCGUGGUGGACGCAUCUCACGCAACUCUUCCAAUGGCAAUUUGAUACGCAAGAGUCUCUCCCUCGAUCACUCCAUUCAACGGGAUCAGAAUAUUUGGCGGCAGGAUGAUGGCAGCGUCUCAUCUAUGCAGUCCAUUGACUCUGAACUUGGUGGCCUGGUGAGGGACUCCAGUCUAGACUCACGGCUCGAUUCUCGAUUGUCAGGCGGUUCCACACAAAGUGACUUGCCACGUGGACCGCGCAAAAAGAAGAAGAGCCUCAUGGGUAAACUACGCAGUCUGACGAAAAGCAGUCGCAAUUCCGAGAGUGAAAUAUCGAUUCAAGGAUCUGAUUCAGACCUUAGCGUAGCUAGCGACAUGAGGUCGAGCAAGAAGGAUUUGCGUAAUCGUUUGUCCGGCAUGUUCAAGCGUUCUGGCUCCAAUUCACGCAGCGAGAGCAUCGAACGUGUCGGCUCGGAGCAAAGACCGGUCGCCGUGACUGUCGUAGGACAUCCUGAUGGACCACAACCACGUGAACCACCGCCAGCCAACUCACUCACACCGAAGCCCAUACGUUCGAUACCAAAACCGCCAGCUGGCACACCCACCACACCAACCACAAGACGGCGCCUAGCCAAGUAGUCAUCAUCAUGUUAUUAGGUUCAUCAUAGAUAUGUAGUUAUACUAGUAACUCGCAUAGCCAACCACCAAGUCCAAACCAAGUUCGUUUCAUCUUGAUAACUGCAAUUGGGGACUUGAGCACCACUCACAUCACAACAUCACAUAUUAUGUUUAUUUUUUAACUUUCAAAUGUUCAUUAAUUUAUUUACGAUUUUCAAAAUAAACAUAUACAUCUUUUUCAAAUA